AUGUAUCGACAGAUCUUGAUCAGAUCUGAAGAUCGCCCAUUCCAACAUAUUCUUUGGCGUGAUUCACCCGUUGAAGAAAUAAAGGAGUUCGAAUUACUGACGGUGAUAUAUGGAGUUAGUUCCGCACCAUACUUGGCCAUUCGAUGCCUUCACGAGUUGAAUGCACAAGAAAGUCAUCGAUUCCCAGGUACAAAGGGAAUCCUUACAGAUGCCACGUAUGUGGAUGAUAUAGUCGUCGGUGCUGACUCUGAAAAGGAAUUAUUGUCACUCCAGAAACAAAUUGUUGACCUACUGUGGUCUGGUGGAUGUGAGGUGAAAAAAUGGACGAGCAAUUGUCCUCAGAUAUUGCAGCAGAUACCGCCGGAGGAUUGUGCUCAGCAGACGUCAUUCGAUCCAAAAGAGGAUUACACUCCGGAACCUCAACUAUCAAAGCGGAAAGUACUAUCCGUUAUCGCUCGAUUAUUUGAUCCAAUUGGUUCCUUGGGUCCAAUGCUUAUGUGGGCCAAGGGGUUCAUGCAGAAGCUUUGGCAUGACCAACUCGACUGGGACACUCCACUACCCGAGAAUCUAAGCACGGCUUGGAACCAGUUUCUGACUGAGUUACCGACUAUACAUAAAGUCACUCUGCCUCGUUAUAUCUAUGUUCAGUCCUACUCUGAUAUUCAACUCCUCGGAUUUGCAGACGCAUCAUUGAAGGGUUACGCUGCUACUAUUUAUCUACGUAUUGUCCACACCUCUGGAAAUCUAGAUGAAACAUUAUCUAUACCUCGUUUAGAACUAUGUGCUGCGUUGUUGUUGGCUCAAUCACUGUCUCACAUACAAGAAGUUCUCUCGGCAACAAUCAAAAUCUCUCAAGUACGGGCGUGGACUGACUCUUCGGUUGUCCUUUCGUGGUUGUCGUCUGAACAAAAAUAUUUUAAGAUAUUUGUCACUCAUCGCGUUGCAAAAAUCCAUACACUGAUUCCUGAUUGUCAUUGGGGUCACGUUCGAACACACGAAAACCCUGCUGACCCGGCGUCACGAGGACUUCUACCCGCAUCUAUGGUAUCGUCAUCCUUACAUUGGAACGGCUCAGAAUUUUUAACUCUUAGUGAAGAAUAUUGGCCAAAGUCGACGUUCACUCCAAUGCUUCCAGAUGAUUUGCCGGAGACCAAAGCUGAUAAAACAACCGUUUUCCAAGUUACUAAAAUUAAUCCACCUAUUGAACCUUUUCAACGGUUCUCAUCUUUGAUUAAAAUGCAACGAGUUUUGGCCUACUGUCUCUGUUUCAGUCCUCGAUCUAGACACCGACCUGUAGUAACGGGACUACUUACUAGAGUAGAGUUGAACCACGUCUUAACCACUGCCGUUAAAGAGACACAACGGAUAUUUUUUUCUAACUUAUGGAAGCAGCUGACUACAUCGCAGAUUAUAACUCCCCCUCCACUGGCUCUCAACUUGCCCCAUUUGUUGAUAAUGACGGACUUAUUCGUGUUGGAGGUCGUCUUCGAUAUUCGGCGUUAA